AUGCAGUCUGUCUACCUUGCUGUUUGCCUGCUCUGCCUCAUCUGCUUCACUUCAGCUUGUUACAUUAACAACUGCCCUGUAGGAGGCAAGCGAUCGAUCGUGGACAUGGAGAUCAGACAGUGCUUGUCAUGUGGUCCUGGUAACAGCGGCCAAUGUUUUGGAGCUAGUAUUUGCUGUGGAGAGGGGUUUGGCUGCUACAUUGGAACCUCGGAGACCCUGAGGUGUCAGAAGGAAGAUUACCUGCUGUCUCCUUGUGAACCCAGUGGCAGAGCCUGUGGCAGCAACGGUGGGAAAUGUGCUUCAUCUGGAAUCUGCUGUACACAGGAGAGCUGUGCCAUGGAUUCCACGUGUGACACCAGGACCAUUUUCCCGUCCGAUUAA